AUGUCUAUCUCUCGCGCAUUCACCAAGCGCGUCAAGCGCAACUUUGUGGACCAAGGGGCAUUGCAACGUGGCACAACAGUCAAAUAUGCUCCUGGCACUAUUGAUCGCAGUCUCAUCUCUUUGCCGACCGAGCUGAUCUCGACAACAAACGUCCAGGCAUUGACCGCCCCAGACAUUCGCAGCAUUUCCGGAUCGUCGUCAGGGUCGGUUUCGUCGGUCAACGACUCUGAUUUCUCGACCAUUGACCGCAGCUUUCUCACCAGCACAGCCAAUGACAGCUCUUCCGUUGAUAGCAGCGGCCCAGCAACUCCUGUAACACCUGCGACCGACGACACCAAAUCAUUCUUCGAUAUGAAACAGACCACUCCCGUUCUUCCCGCCAUUGCUUCACCAACCUUUGUUACACCUAUUGUCCCACAGCGAGCUCCGUCUCAUUCGAAAAAGGCACAUGUUGAGUUGUCACAAAAACGGUCAAUGCAGCGUAUGUCGCCGCCUCCUGUCAACAUUGCCCAGCCUACCGUCCGAAGUAAUGCCGACUCGUUUAUGGAUAGCAGCCAUCCUUUUGGCAGAGAACUGGCGCAAGUGAACGAGGUCGCCGAAGAGUUUGGUGCUACUGCAAGAUUACUGGAUGAGGAAGAACAAGAGAUUCUGAGCAAGGGACUCUACAAGUUCAAGGUGGAAGACUAUCUCGACGAAAUCGCCGGCUUGUAUGGCGGGAUCUUCGAAGACAGGCUCGGGUCGAUGGCGAAGCCAUGGCUGUAG